CCGCCAUUUUGGUUCACUCGGAAAGUCAUCGUCUCAAUCUCUCUCACAAAGACAUGUUUUUACUGCCUGAAGGGUAUUAAGAAUCGCUUUGAGUUGCUAAAAUCAAGAUAGACUUUUAUCUCACGGACAGUUAGCUGAGCACACAGCACUGCGCGACGGUUGGCUGAAGUACAAAUCAGCCAUGGCACCAAAAGUUAAAGGUCUAUUGGAGCGUCUUGACGAUGGCGAAUAUGUCAUCAUCGCCGAAGGAUACGUCUUCGAAUUCGAGCGGAAAGGUUACCUGAGCGCUGGACCCUACACUCCUCAGGUUGUGCUGGAACAUCCCCAUCUCGUCAAGGCAAUGCACGAAGAGUUCGUCCACGCUGGCAGUGAUGUCGUUCUUGCCUUCACGUAUUACGGAAACCGAGAAAAAAUGCGCGUGAUUGGAUGGCAGGACCGCGUUGAAGAGAUGAACAUGGAGGCUCUCCGGAUAGCCCGGGAGGUGGCCGACGAAACGGGCACUCUGAUGGCUGGGAAUAUUUGUAAUACUACCUGUUACGAUCCUAAUGAUGAGUCCACAUGGGAAUAUACCAAACAGUGCAUUGAGGAACAAGCGCAGUGGGCUGCUGAGGGAGGAGCGGACUUCAUAGUGGGAGAAACAUUCGCCGAAUAUGAUGAAGCGAAGAUGUGCUUGGAUGCGAUUUUAAAGCAUGGGAAAGGUGCACCAGCAGUGGUAACAUAUUCGCCAAUUAUGGACAAUACAUUCAUGUACCAGUCCAUGACCUUGGCAGAGGGAUGUCGGUUGUUGGAGGAACACGGGGCAGAUGUAGUUGGGCUGAAUUGCGCUCGCGGUCCGAAGACGAUGCUCCCUCUGAUCAAGGAAGUGAAGAAAUCUUGCAAGGGGCACGUGGCCUGCCUUCCUGUUGCGUAUCGUACUGAUGAAGAACACCCCACGAUGCAGUCACUGGUCGGCAUGGAAACAGGCACGCGAGCCUUUCCAUUCGACCUGGACGAGUGGUUCAUUGGGCGAACCGCUGUCGAGAACUUCACCAAGGAAUGCAUGGACCUCGGUAUCAAGUACCUUGGUCUGUGCUGCGGGGGCUCCGCGCACACACUUCGGACCAUGGCGGAGACAGUCGGGAAAAAGCCUGUGGGCAGCCAGUACUCGCCCAAGAUGGAAAUGCACACUCACUUCGGAAAUAAAGAUACUGGCAUUGGCACUUAUAACUUGUCAUGUGCUGAGUUUGUGGACGCUGGCUUGGUCAACAAGUGAUCGAGUGCAUGUUUGCACAAUUUGCCCAUGUUGCCCUUAUGCAGUGUAGUUUUAGAGACGUCAGGACUGUACACGGUUUCAAUGCGAAUCUGAACUGAGUGCAAGACGAUUCAUUAUAUUACAUUUUUAAUGCUCUGUAUCAUGGAUUCCUUGAUGGAAAUUCUUAAUCAUAGAGUCUGUGGGCCAUCAUAGAAUCUGUGAUGCUCAUCCUCCGUCAUUACUGUGAAACAAAAAACCAAACCUCUUGUAAAUUGAAUUAUACAGCUAACAAUAGAACAAUUCAUUAUAUGUAUGCAAGUUAAUCUAAUAAAAUAUCGGGCAACUAUGAUUAA